UGCACCUUCCAAUCAGCACACCUGCGCGGACACCCCGCACAGCUCGUGCUGGAGCAGCAGGAUCAUGACACAAACAGGCAGUCAGUAGAGUGAAGAUGAUGAUACUCAUACAGUACUUUUUUGAUCCAGUUAAAAGAUAAGCCGCACCAUUUUGAACGAGUUUCAGACAGGUAAUUGAGAACCUGCUAACCACCAUAUACAGGUGCUCUACUGACAGAGUGAAGCGUUGCCUUCUGUGUAGCAUCCCUCUUCUGUCGUGGUUGCCUCGUUAUUCCGUCAAAGAAAAUGCACUGGGUGACCUCAUCUCUGGACUCAGUGUGGGUAUCAUGCAGCUGCCCCAAGGUAUGGCGUAUGCCUUGCUAGCGGGUGUUCCUCCAGUUUUUGGGCUUUACUCCUCCUUCUACCCCGUCCUCAUCUACUUCAUCUUCGGCACAUCCCAGCACAUCUCAAUAGGAACAUUUGCGGUGAUUAGCGUGAUGCUCGGUGGAGUGACGGAGCGAUUAGCCCCAGAUUCAAACUUUACGGUGUGGGACGACGUGACCAACAUGAGUGUCUUGGAUGUCGUCGGCCGCGAUGCAGAACGUAUGCGAGUGGCGACUGCCGUCACUUUCUUAACAGGAUUAUUUCAGAUCUUGCUCGGCCUAGUCCAUUUUGGAUUCAUGGCGACCUACCUGUCAGAGCCGCUGGUCCGAGGUUACACCACAGGCGCUGCAAUCCACGUUAUCGUGUCCCAGCUCAAGUACACCUUUGGAAUCAGCCCCUCCAGAUACAGCGGACCUCUCUCCUUGAUAUACACAGUGCUGAAGAUAUGUUAUCUAAUUCCACACCUCAACGUUGGGACUCUGGUGGUCAGCAUUGUCGCCAUUGUUAGCCUCAUCCUUGGCAAAGAGCUCAAUUCAUACUUGAGUAAAAAAAUACCUGUCCCAAUACCUGUGGAGUUGCUUGGUGUCACUAUAGGUACGCUGGUGUCCUGGCAAGUAAAUUUACAGGAAGAAUACAAAGUGGAUGUAGUUGGAAAAAUUCCAUCAGGCCUCCAGCCACCCAUUUUUCCAUCCGCUUCGCUGUUUGGUCAAGUGAUUGGGGACGCUUUUGCCCUGGCUGUGGUUGGCUACGGCAUUGCCAUCUCACUGGGAAGGAUCUUUGCACUAAAAUAUGGAUACAAGGUGGACAGUAACCAGGAACUGAUAGCCUUGGGGCUCAGUAACUCCAUUGGGUCAAUGUUCCAGUGUAUCGUCGUCAGCUGCUCCAUGUCCCGCUCUUUGGUUCAGGAGAGUGCAGGAGGAAAAACUCAGGUUUCUGCAGCGGUAUCAGCCAUUGUUAUUCUUUUCACCACACUGUGGAUUGGAGCUCUUUUUGAACACCUGCCCAAGGCAAUGCUGGCUGCCAUAAUUUAUGUGAACUUACAUGGUAUGAUGAAGCAAUUCAUGGACAUACCUGCACUGUGGAGGAGUAACAAAACAGACAUGGUGGUCUGGGUUGCCACUUUCCUGCUUACCCUGCUGUUGAACCCUGACCUGGGACUCGCUGCUGCUAUUGGUUUUGCAAUGCUUACAGUCAUUUUCAGGACACAGCUACCAAAAUACUCCACAUUAGGGCAGGUUCCAAACACAGAAAUAUAUAAACCUUUGGAGGACAACAAUCAGGUGAGAGACGUGCCUGGUAUUUUGAUCUUCCGAUCUUCUGCUACACUCUACUUUGCCAAUGCUGAAAUGUAUCAAGAUGCACUGGGAAGGAAGUCUGGCUUUGACAUCACCAAAAUCCUGUCAGCGAAGAAGAAACUUGAAGCCAAAAGGAAAAAGUGUGACAAGAAAAAAGCCCAAAAUGCCGCAAAGGGCGGUGCGUUGAACAUGGAAGAGGAGAAGGAUGUAGCCACCAUUCAAAUGGGUUUUGCGCGGGAUCCCUCAAUGCCCAGAUCCAUCAUCCUCGACCUCAGCCCUGUCAAUUUCCUAGACACUGUGGGAGUCAAGACCCUACGUGGUAUUGUAAAAGAUUAUGGGGAAAUUGGUGUAGAGGUGUUGCUUGCAUGUUGUCAAACUUGUGUCGUAGAUAAUCUGCAAAAAGGUGGUUUCUUCAACGACAAAGUGACAAUGUCUCGUCUUUUCUCCACUGUCCAUCACGCUGUGCUUCACUGUCAGUCGGUGGAAACACAAGUCUAUGAGGUGAUGGAACAAACAACAGAUGCAACCGAUCUUAAGGAGAUCCCAGCACCACAUUUCUGAGUGCAAUCACAGGUUAUCUUUAGUGCCAUGAAGAUGAAAGACGGCAAGAGGAUUUGACACAGUGGACUUGCAUAAGUGGGACUUGCAUGCAAAGGCCAAUGAUGGGAUGACAACCCAGACGAAAACAACAGAAUGCAAAAAAUAAUAAUAAAUUUUGUUUGGAAAUUACGUACGUAUGUACGAAGCUGCCAA